ACAAGGGUAUAUUUGUCUGAAAAGCAAAACUCAACUCAACUAAACACAUUAGGGCUUUUGUUCCAGAAUCUGGUGUAGCUCUCUCUCGCUUUCUGUUUCUUCGUUCGUCGUCUGCAACUUCUCAUCCUUGUUUAGCUGGUUAAGAUUUUUUUUUGAUAAAACUAGAAUCUCUCUGGCAACAGAAAAGAAGAAGAGAGCUUUGAUAAAAUGAGGCCGAUAUUGAUGAAGGGACAUGAACGUCCAUUGACGUUCCUGAGGUACAACAGAGAUGGAGACAUGCUUUUCUCCUGCGCCAAGGAUCACACUCCCACUCUCUGGUAUGCCGAUAACGGCGAACGCCACGGCACUUACCGUGGCCACAAUGGUGCUGUUUGGUGCUGUGAUGUCUCAAGAGACUCGUCGAGGUUGAUAACUGGCAGUGCUGAUCAGACUGCAAAGCUAUGGGAUGUGAAAACUGGAACACAGCUGUUCAGUUUCAAGUUCAGUUCUCCCGCCAGGUCUGUGGAUUUCUCCGUUGGUGAUAAGCUUGCUGUGAUCACCACUGAUCCCUUCAUGGAGCGUACUUCUGCUAUCCAUGUCAAACGCAUCGCUGAUGAUCCCCAAGACCAGGAUGGUGAGUCUGUGCUCGUCCUUGAGAAUCCUGAGGGAAGAAAGAGGAUUAACAGAGCUGUUUGGGGACCUUUGAAUCAAACCAUUGUUAGUGGUGGUGAAGAUGCUGUACUCAGGAUCUGGGAUGCUGAGACUGGAAAACUGCUCAAGGAAACGGAUAAGGAAGUGGGUCACAAGCAGACUAUCACUUCGCUCUGUAAAUCAGCUGAUGAUUCUCACUUCCUUACAGGUUCACUUGACAAAACGGCAAAGCUGUGGGACAUGAGAACGUUGACUCUUAUUAAGACUUACACUUCAGGGGUGCCCGUAAAUGCUGUCUCCAUGUCUCCACUUCUCGACCAUGUUGUGAUUGGAGGUGGUCAAGAUGCAUCAGCUGUUACGACCACUGAUCAUCGUGCUGGGAACUUCGAGGCUAAGUUUUAUGACAAGAUUCUGCAAGAGGAGAUUGGUGGUGUUAAAGGUCACUUUGGACCUAUAAAUGCUUUGGCAUUCAACCCUGAUGGAAGGAGUUUCUCUAGUGGAGGUGAAGAUGGUUACGUCAGAUUGCAUCAUUUCGACUCUGAUUACUUCAACAUCAAGAUUUAGAUCUUUACUGAAACAAAUCUCUCAAUCCGGAUUUAGUUCUCUCUCUCUCUCUUUUCAACAUUACAAUGCUUUGGUUCGGAUCCUUAGGAUAUGCACAUUUCAUACUUUCUGAAUUACAAGCUAUUAUUAACCUGAGACUAUUUUGGACUCCCAUUCUAGUGUGUUCUUGAUCAGUUUUUUUUCUUUACUCAGAAAGAUAUUUCAUUCAGUUCAGAUAUGUGAUAAAUAAAAAUUGUGUAUCCUCUUCCUACCAAGGUGGGAUACAAUUAUCGAAAA